AUGUCAAAGGAAGCGAUUCAGUACGGUCGAUUCAGUGAAGCAAGCGACGUGUGGUCGUUUGGUGUAACACUGUGGGAAAUUUACUCAUAUGGAAGACAACCCUAUGAGGGAUACGCACAUCAAGACGUCAUCGAGCUGAUCUCUGUGCGUAGUCUUCUUGAGUGCCCGCAGAACUGCCCCACCAAUAUAUACAGCUUAAUGGUUGAAUGUUGGCAUGAGCACACAGAGCGACGACCUACGUUUAGUGAGCUGUACUCACGUCUUCAAACCUGGUCGCUUACAAGUCCAUCGCAAUCCGUUCUUUCGCAUCAACAAAAUCAUCCAAGCAGUUCACACUCCGGUAUCUUAUUUUACCUACACUUUUUACAGUAUAUUAUUUGUCACCGACCAUCAGCUCUAACCUGA